AAAUAAUGUCCACACCAGCCUCUGUGCCGCCUUAUAAGCCGCCGAAGGAACUAGAAAACUUGAUUACAAAAAAGAAGCAGGAAACUCAAACUCGAAGACGCACAGCUGUGCUACCAAAACGCUCUUGGAUACAGCGCAAUCCACGUUUAUUUCAAAUCACCUUUAUAACCAGCUCGCUCUUGAUAUUCUUCUCAAAGCCGUUAUACGACGCUUUCAUAGCGGAUCCCUUGCCACAAGUAGGGGCACGUGUGCCACCACAGAAGCGCUAAGAGGCAUGGAAUCCGUGCGCAAA